AUGGAAAAUGAAGGCAUCACCUCAUCAUACAUCACCACUUGCGUUUUGAACGCUUUCUUAUCUUACACCGCUGUUAUGCUAAACUGUUUAACGAUCUACGCCUUAACAAAACUCUCAUCAUUACUAAGACCUUUAAAAACGCUGCUUCUAAGCCUGGCUGUUUCUGAUCUGGGUGUUGGAUUAAUGGUUCAGCCUUCGUACAUUGCGUCUCUUGUCAUGGAAAUGGAGCACAAAACUGAAAACAAUCCAGCCUAUAACAUAACCUACAAACUCUAUGUUUUCACGGUGAAUUUGUUUGGUUUUGCGUCUUUCUUCGGAGUAUUAUUUUUAAGUUUCGAUAGAUUCCUGGCCGUUUACCUACAUCUAAGAUACCAGGAACUUGUGACCCACAAGCGUGUUGUUGUUGUAACGGUUUCAAAGUGGCUCUUCAGUGCCGUUUUGUCGUUUAUGAGACUGUGCAUCCCGACACGAGUUUCCUUUAUAGCUGUUAUUUAUCUCUCUUUUCUCUUAACAACAACACCGAUUAAUUACAAGAUUUAUGUAUCAGUACGUCAUCACGCGAAC